UGGGCGCGACAGAUAUGGAAGUGUCAGAAGAGUGAAAACCAGAAAACCAGGAAAUUGUUCGAUAUUUAUCGAUGAAUAUUUAAUCAGUGUAUUGAAUGCUCUCCGCCGCCGUGGCUGUGUAUUGGAGGGUGUGUUCUCGUUUCGCGUCCCGGGUCGUCAGCCGACAUGUUUCGUUAGCCUAGCUUAGCUUCGUGGUGUAACUGAGCGGCGUUGCUCAACAAGAUGUUUCCCAACAAGGACGGAGUCUGCGGGGGACACUCCCCGGGGCCGCUGUGCUGAACUGUCGCUGCUUCAACAGGUCUGUUUCUUCCCUGGCGCUGCCUCCGGAGCGUGAACAACAUGCUGAACAUCCCCACCCAGUCCUUCCCGGCUCCCAGCUCCCAGCAGCGGGUCGCUCCCUCCGGACAGUCCGGCAGGAACAAGGUGGCCUUGAAGCCCGGCCACAGUCUGAUGGAUUGGAUCCGCUUCGCCAAGAGCGGCAAGGAUCUGACCGGGCUGCGAGGGCGCCUGAUCGAGGUCACCGAGGAAGAGCUGCAGAAACACAACACGAGAGAGGACUGCUGGACCUGCAUCCGAGGUAUGGUCUACAACGUGAGCCCGUACAUGGACUACCACCCCGGCGGAGAGGAGGAGCUGAUGAAGGCGGCGGGCAUCGACGGCACCGAGCUCUUCGAUCAGGUGCAUCGCUGGGUCAACUACGAGUCCAUGUUGAAAGAAUGCCUGGUGGGCCGGAUGGCCACGAAGCCCGCCGCCGCUCUGAAAGCUGCCCUGGCUCCUCCCUCACCGACCAGCCUGGCUCCACCCACUUCACUGGCUCCGCCCCCAGAAAAAGACUCUCGGCCAAGGUACGACUGGUUCCAGACCGACGUGAGCGUCCACCUGGUGGUCUACGCCAAGAGGAAGAUUCCCAGCUCCGGCUGCACCGUGGCGGACCUGGAGGCCGGGGCUCUGCGGCUGGAGGUGCAGCUCGGGAAGAUGUCCUACUUGAUUCACUUACGUCUCUCUGAGGAGGUGGAGGGGAGCGUCGCAGUCCACACCGCUCACUCGGUGGGGAAGAUCCAGGUCAGCAUCCGGAAGCAGGCCAAGGGGAAGUGGACGAGCCUGGGGCAGCCGCUGGACUCCCACAAUACCUUUCUGCGGCAGAAAGACCGAGCGGUCUUCUAUCGGGACUGCGUCCUGCAGUCCAGGACGGAGGUCAACUACAACACACACCUGUUCAGACUGCGGCUGCCCAGAGGAGCCGUCAUGAACGUGCCUGUCGGAAAACACGUCUACCUCAAAGCGCUCGUUCAGGACACCGAGGUGGUGCGGCCGUACACUCCAGUGGAUCAGACCCUGUCGGCGGCCCCCCAGGUCCCGGCCCAGGACUCGGACCUGUACCUGAUGAUCAAGGUGUACCCCGACGGAGCGCUCACCCCACAUCUCAACAGCCUGCACGUCGGAGAUCGCCUGUCCGUCAGCGGGCCGGAGGGGACGUUCAGCGUGCGGGCGCUCAGAGACAUCACACACCUGUACCUGCUGGCUGCAGGAACAGGCCUCACCCCCAUGGCCCGGAUCAUCGGCCUGAGUCUGCAGGAGGCCCCGCCCGGCAGUGUCGGCAGGAGAACCGGGCUGCUGUUCUUUAACCGCCGGGAGGAGGACAUCCUGUGGCGCAGCCAACUGGACCAGCUGGCAGCCGAGUGCGAGAGUUUCCAGGUGGAGCACGUUCUGUCCGAGCCGUCGGAGAGCUGGAGCGGCAGGCGGGGCCGGGUGGACCGGUCCAUGCUGACGGACUUCCUGGAGCGGCCCGACGGCGCCCGCUGCUUCGUGUGUGUGUGCGGCCCGGCGGCCUUCACACAGCUGACCAUGGAGCUGUUGAAGCAGCUGGGCCUCAGUGAGGAGGAGGUCCACGCCUUCCAGGGCUGAAGCCGCCCUCAGAGGGUCUUUCUAUGCACCGCCGGCACCGUGCAGGACUGCCACUGCCUCCGGGGGGAAACGGGAUCUGGAGGCUCCUGUUCUGAACUUUAUGCAGUCUCACGUCAGUCUUCAGACGCCGCUUGUGUUCCAGCUGCCAGACAUCAAACUUCUCAUGAAAUGCAAGACGAUUGAAGCCCGGUGUGAUCCAGCUCAGGGGCGGCGCCGCCUGCCAGGUGUCUCAGGCUGCUUCUGGAGGAUCUGGUCUCAGCUGAGCUGGAUCCAUAAAACCACACGACCAGAACCUUCAAGUUACAACUGCUGAAAAACAAACUGCCUUGUGAAAAUAUUGAGUAGCUUUUUCUUUCUGAUUUUUUUUUUUCUUGCCGUCAAUCAAGUCGUCUUGGAUGUUCUGUUGUCGUACAGUGACACCUAGUGGUCCAGCGUGGUACGUACAGUUAUAUGCUCAUAUUUAAACAGCAUCUUUAUUAUACGUCACUAGAGAAACUGAAACUUACAGUCUUGAAAAUGGGAAUGUGCCGAUCGUUCUGGAUCACUUCACCGAACAGGAAUAAUCAGGCCUGCUAUUAACUUCUGCCUUCUUCAAACCAAAUGAAAUCUAAUGUGAUUGAGGAAGAGCAGAACAUCUUCACUGUUACCCGCUUUCUCCGAGAAACUCAGAAUCUCGCCGUGUUUUUAUGAACUGGACCGCAGCAGAACUCCGAGCUCCUGCUGCGACCAGGAGAGAACGAAGCCUGCUGCAACGCGACGAGAGGCGUUGGUAAAAUGCACAUCAGCUCCAGCCUGUGUGUGACUGCCGUGCCGCAGAGACCAGGUGUCAUGUUUCACCGACUGAACACAUUAAAACCUUUA